UCUUCGCCACGGACACACACACGCGCUCGAAACUGUGUAAACCUUGUACACACGGUCGCAUUGUACAUCGGGAAGUUUCGCGAUAUUUUAUUUUUAAAAGCCAGUUUUCCACGAAAAAAAGUGCACCUCGGACUGGAUGCAUCACAAAUGUGUCAGUGUUCCAGUGUACUUUGAAUUUUAUUUCAAUUUCAACCGAAGAAAGGGAUCUUUCAGCAGAGAUUUUUGAUAGAAGUUAAUUUUACUGACAAAUAUCGUGUUUUCUCAAAAAGCUAGUCAGGUGAGCAGCUUGAGCACUCGUAACUGGCACAUCGGCUUUUUAUGGGCGUCUUUUAGAUCAUUUAGGCGACAGACAUCUGUUUAAGAACCACGGACCAUCAAUAUAUAUCAUUAUAAUGGAACAAUCUGAGAAACUAAAUGGAACUUCGGAAAAAAAACCAGUUCUCUUUUCCAUUAGCUCAUACAACGAACGCUACAGUAAACCAGUGAUAAACAAAUUAUUAAAAGUAAAUCCAUUCCAAACGGCUACGGAACCUCCACCGCCGCUACGCGAUCCAUCGCGAGGAAUAAACGGCCGUAAUCGUCCUCUGUCCCUCAGCGCAGUCGCGACUGCGGUGACGACUACGCAAAAUUUGUACGCCUCUUUGCCUAGGCCCGAGAGACCAUUAUCUUAUCAAGCAGCAUCUCCGCAGCAAAAUGGAACGAAUGAUACCAAUAAACCUGAUCAACCUCCGAAACUUGUGGAAAGAUCGUUAUCUUUGGAACCUGAUCAAUUAAAGCAAAGCGGUAAAGUGGCUUUGACCAUUGCAGCUUACGAAGGUGAAACAAAAGCGCCGACUCGACUCGACUUUUUGCCUUCGGUACUUUCAAAUACGAAUUCCAAAUCCAAUGACAGCCCUGAUUCCUCUUCGACUUACUCAUCCACUCCAGUUUCUGCAGUCGACGAAGAAGUUCGAGAGAUCGGCUCAAGGUUACAAGAUGAAUUAGUUGCUACGCUUAGGAAAUCAAAUUUGAGGGAAAUACACGAUAGCAAAGAGCUUAAUGGCGAUGUGGAUUCUGAUAACACAUUGAAAGAUGAUGAGAUGCCACCGGUACCUCCGACCCCUGAACCAUCUCCGGUAGAUAAUGUUAUAUCAAAUGCUCUUUCGCCAACUGAAGAAGAAAUAAACGUUAUCGAAUCUCUAGAUUCAAUUAUUGAAAAUGAAACAAAAGAGUUUGAAGUUUCAAUCUUAAGUGAAAUUGAUCAAAUUGUUGAAUUAAAAGAAGUUCAAGAAGAAGAAGUUAAAGAAGUAAAUGAACCUGCAAAAACGUUUCAAAAAAAAUCAAACGACAGCGAAUCGGAAAAUAUCAAAGAAACUGAACAUGAAAAUUCUAUGGUUAAUGAAUCUGCUAUUACAAUUGAAUCUACAAUAGAGCCGUUUGUUGAAGUUCAUCAAACAGAGACGACAGAAAUCAAUAAAGUUAUUCAACAAAGUAAUGAAGUGUCGAACGAUGCUAAUGACAUUGUUAGCAAUAAAAUAGAAACUAACACGAAUGAAAAUACACACGAUAAUAUUGAAAAAACGACCCAAGCUAUUAUAGAACCAAUUCCAAAAGAUAAAGUUAACACAAUCAUCGAAGAAGAACUAUUGGUCCAAAAUACUGAAACCUUGACUGUUGAAGUUAAAAUUACAGAAGAAAAUGUAUCGUCGGAAGAAAAAAAAUCUGAUAUCGUUGAAAAAAUGUUAGAAAACACAAGCGUUAUUGAUCAAUCAAUUCUUCAAGAAAAGGACAUGAAAACUAUAAUCAUAGAAAAUAAUGAUUCACAUCAAAAAAAUGUGAACAAUGGGCAUAUAAAAAAACCUGUAGCAUAUGGAGUUAGCGCAUCUCAUGAAAAUGGAGAAAAUCUGGGCAUAAUCGAUUAAGAGUAAUAACAUAAAUUUAUAUUAAAAAAUAUUAUUACGAUAAAUUAUUACCAGAAAAUUAAAAAAUUGUCAGUUCUUUCGCAUAUUUCAAAUCCAUAUGUAGAUAACUAUUCCUGUAUGUACAAUUUAUGACUUCUCAAUUAAAGAUAUAAUGAGAUUAAACUUUAAAAAAAUUUAUUUUUCAAGUAUUAUCAUUUUAUUCAUAGCAUAAAUGUGCCAAUU